ACGCCUCGAAGGAAUCCUGGAGGGAAGGUAUACAUGAGAGCAAAGAGACGCCCCUCUUAAACUCAAUGUUAACGAUGCAGCGUCUUGGAUGUACACAGUGAAGUUGGCAGGGUUGUGUUUGGCUGUCAGGAGCUGAGUGAUUAAGCUAUGUGUGACUGUAGUGUAAAAAGGUGAGAAUUACUUUACUACACUGGAAUGGUCGGCGUUAAAAGCGCCAGACACGGAACCAAAGGCGGAAUAAUGAAUCAUUUAUCCAAACAAAAUCUGUCUGAGUAACGUUACCUCCCUUGAAGACUGAUGGAAGUUGACAACUGCGUCGAAAACCACUUACAUUCAUGUCCGCGGGAUUUUGUUAAACCAAUAAGUUUCGUCAUGGAUGAUCAGGGAUCCCAGCCCCAUCCACGGAGCUCUGAUCUGAGACCGAUGCAGAGACAGCAUCACUGCCGACGCCACACCGAUCCGCCUGUCGAUCUCCCGCUCCUUUCCUCCCUCACUCCUGAACAAGACCCUGAGAUACUUGAACUCCUCCACUUGGGGGUGUCGACCAAAAGCAAAGCACCAUCCCCGCCUGGACUAAAGAAGUUGGAUUCCCCAGGUUUCUCCCAGUGGUACCCAGGAAACCCUCAUCUGACCAUGGAACAGAAGGAGAACCUGAUUGAUAAAGAGCUUUCCCUGGUUGUGGUUCUGCCUGGAGGAAUAGAAAAGAUGACCACAGUCCAUGGAAGCAAACCCCUCAUGGAUCUUUUAGUAACACUUUGUGCAAAGUAUCACCUGAACCCAUCGAGCCACACUUUAGAACUGGUCACCUCCAACAGAAAGAACACCAAACUCAAGCCCAACGCCCUCAUAGGAACUCUGGAUGCCGAGAAGAUCCUACUCAAACCUAAAGGGGAGGAUAAGAAUAAGAAGACAGUUCCUCAAAUGCCUGAGGCCACUGUGCGGAUGGUGAUAAACUACAAAAAGACCCAGAAGACGAUCCUGAGAGUGAAUCCCAGAGUCCCCCUGUCUGAUCACUUGCCAGCCAUUUGUGAGAAAUGUGAAUUUGACGUUGAGACGACAGUUCUGCUGAGAGACGUCCACUCACUGGCCCCUUUGGAUAUGUCCCACUCUCUGAAUGAUUAUGCAAUAAGGGAGGUUUAUGCAAGGGACACAAAAGCACCGGCUUCUCCUGUGUAUCCGGCCUCCCCAACUCGUACAGUCACACCAGGAAAAAAUAAAAACCAGAAAGAAGAAGAAAACAAAGGCCUCUUCAGCAUGUUUAGAAGAAGCAGGAAAAAGUCGUACCAGGCAACGACAGUCAGUGCCCCGGCUUCUCCUGUGUUGGUGAGCAAACCUCGACCUCUCAGCAUGGCCCUACCCAGCUCCACUUCAUCCAUGGUUGGUGACACACCAAAGAAGAGGCGUGCACCACAGCCCCCUUUACUCGUGUCGCAGAGCUGCCCCUCGGACAUCAGCACCCGACGAAGGCUCUACUCAGAGCCUAACGCACAGCUGGACCACGACCAGAUGCUGGGUUUGAGUCGGGGGUCGUCAGCAGAGUCGUCACUGAAGAGGACCAAACGAAAAGCUCCUCCGCCGCCAACGUCUCCGAGCGCCAUUACCCAAGAAAAAGUUUCCCUGGAGGAGAACUUGGCAGGGGCUGCAGCUUCAAACACACUGGAGGAGAUCAUGGAGCAAGAGGAGUCCACUGCUUCUGUAAAGUCUGCAACUGCUAGUGAAACCCAGGGAGAGGACGGCAGCCUCAACAUGUCCGCAGAUGUGUCUUUACAUUCCCCGUCCCCAGACACUGAGACACUGAGCACGACGCCCACUGAGGGCCAUGGGGACGAUCAGACUCGUGAUCUGUCCUCAGAUGGCAAGUACGAACUUCAUCAACUGCAGAGCACAGUGAAUGAUGCUGCAGCUGUGAGUGAAGAAAGGACCGACGACAGCACAGACAUGUCUGAACAUGCUGAUUCAGGUAGCACUUCAUGUCAGGUUGAAAAUGCAAGCCAACAGCCUGUCUGUGAGGAGCCUACACCUGAGACUGUUGUUGAGUGCAGUUCUGCACCCAGCAGCCCUCCUCCACCUGUCACGCAGGAUGCAGAAGCACAGGCGUCUGCUCAGGCAAACACUGAAACCCUCGGGGCGCUGACUGACGGCGUGGAAAGUCCGACAGCGUCUGCUGCAUUACGCCCUGCAGGAGAGGACGCUCAAGUGCAAACAGAUUUCACACCAUUACCUGAUCCUCCGGCACAAGAAGUUUCUCCCUCCGUUGCCGGAGCAUCAGGGAAGAAAGACAUGGCCACUUUGACGGAGGAACUAGACCUCAAACCUGCAGAAUCCAUCACCUCUGAGACCAUGCCAUGCCAAGACUUGCCACCUAUAAAAUCCCCCUCUCUUUACACCACGAACUCUGAGCCAAAGCCCAAGCCUUCCAACGAGCUGACGAGGGACUACAUCCCCAAAGUGGGGAUGACCACGUAUACUAUUGUGCCUCAGAAAUCUGUGGAGAAACUUCGAUAUUUUGAGGUUGCACUGACACUGGAGGCGCGCCCUGCUGCUCCAGACGAAGAAGCUGAUAUCAGCUCUCUGAAACUACAGGAGGAUGCGGCUCUGAAGGCAGAGAAGGAGGAACAAAGUGAGGAUUUAAAGACUAGCACUACUGCUAUACAAGACACUGUUAAUGGAGGUAUACCUGAAUCCAUUCAGCCUUCAUCACCAUCCAGUUUACAGAAAGUAGAUGGUAACAUCUCGUCCCCGUGUGGUUCAGCAUCUAAAGCCGGUUCACCCACAGAGGUCAAGGAGAUUAAAAUUCCACCUGCAACUAAACCCAAGCCUAGUUCUUUCCGCUUGGCACAGCACAAAAAAAUACCUGGGUAUUACGUAACUUCAGCGGUGGAAAAGAGCCUCACUUCCAGUCCAGAGAGAGCAAAGUUACCUCCGCCUCCUUCCCCACCUCCUGUGCAGAGACAAGAAACGACAGGCGUCCAGCUGAGCCCUAAAGUGGAAGAAAAGACUGCUGCUUUCCCACAAAUAACAAGGCAAACUAGCCUGUCAUGUAAAGAGCCAAACUCUGGUUUAAGCUUGGAAAAAUUGAGGAGUUUCGCAGCGCCUCGGCCCUACACUCCCACAACCCCAUCCCGCUUUGCCCAGGCUGUGUCCUCGGCUGUGAAGAGAAGCCAGUCUUUAAUCCACGGGCAAAAAUCGCCUCGCUCUCCUCUUUCUUCACCAUCUUUCUCCCCAGUCACAAGUCCCUCAGCUGUAAUGGAGUCAAAAGGAUUCUCUAAGCUUAAGGAUGAUGAAAGUAAAGAGCCGGAUGCUGACAAAGACUCAUCUCUGCAGGGAGUAGAAGAGCAGCCACAACCUUUUAGUGGGAUUGUUCAAAUGGAAGGAGAGGGCAGUCCAUAGCAGUGCCUUAAUUUUUCUGAUAAUACACAAUCUACUGUAAGGAAAAUCCUACUCUAUGCAAUAUCACAUCACAUAAAUGUACCCACAGCACAUGCAUGGAGUUAUUUUACUUUCAGGAGGGGUUUGUCCUGUCUACUUUGAGAUCUCCACUCUUUAUCCAAUGGCGAUAAAUGGUCUUAAUUUUUUACCUCUUCUGGUAGUCUCCAACAGUGUAAAUAAAAAUAAUGUAUUUUAAUAAUGAACAAUUACUGUAUUUUGGUUUCUUUUCUCACAUGUCAUUAAUAAUAAGGCUGACUUGCAUAUUUUAAUGUUUAUUUUUAUUUUAAGUGAUGACUAUCUUGCAUUUAAUGCAUUACUGUUGAGUGAACAAGAAUGUUAAACAAGAACAAUACUGUAAAUUAUUUGACAUAUUUCCACAGUGCUAAUAUUAUUGGGGAUUUAUUCAGAAAAUGUAUGAUCUAAAUAAUACUGGAUUUACAGGACAGAUCAGGUCUGCCUUGUGGUACUUAAAUGCUCUUUAGAUUAUGCAUUGAAUCUAUAUUUAAGUAUUACAGAGUUUUGAUGUGGCUAUAUGCAGAAAUACACUGAUGAUGCCCCUGUAUUUGUCAAGCAGUGUUGUUACGAAUAAAAAUGUUAUUAUUUC